CAGCACUCGGGUGAUUGAAGGGUGAAAUUACAGGAAAUUGCUUAUGAUUCUCGGAUUAACUGCAUACCGGAAGGCAAUACAAGGUUGAGGCGGGGAACUCAGCAGCAGCAGCAGCAGAAACAACCACCACUACCACCACCACUACCACCACUACUACCACUACUAUUACUUCCUUCCACCACCACCACCACCACCACUAAUCUACAAUGACUGACACGCUAGUGGUUAAUCGCAAAGUGGAACAGAAACAGGAACAAACAGUGAAGAGGACAGAAGUCACAGCACAGAGAAUCUUAGACAAGGAGCGGAUAGCAAAGAACAAGUCUAAUGUGGGCCAGCCGGAGGUGACCACCACCACCACCACCUACAGUGUGGACUACGGCCCCCACACCACCAACGGGCUCCCACACCCCCACGGCUCCCCUGACAACACCUCCUCACGCCAGUCCCUCUCCUCGGCGGAGAGCACCCAGCUGGUCUCUCGCAAGCAGACCCAACACACCACUCAACAGAUCACCACCACCACCAAAGUCAUUCGUGAGGUGCACCACAUAGGGCCUGACGGGGAGGUGCUCGACUCCCAGCAGUUGGGCGAGUACCCGUAUGCACAAGCCCCCGUCCCGUCCGGCUAUGCCAUGGAUUCCUACAGGCCUCACUCCCCCUCUAGUGAAGCUGGAUCCCGGAGUCGCUACGAAGGCUACCCCCCCACCUCCACUGCAGGGUAUGACUAUGACCCCUACUCCCGGGGGCCGCGGGGGGACUACCCCUACGACCAAGUGGGUUACCCGCCCCCCCAGACCCAGGCGAGCUACAGUGGGCACUUUCGAGGCGAUGGAGCAGGUAACUACGUGGAUCCUGGCUACUUACAGCGACCCCCCACCCCACCUUCGCCUAGUGAACGCUCCGAGUCCCCCCCUCCACACCGCACCAUGCACAGAGUUGGCGGGUAUCCCCAGAGUGGCUAUGCCGAGUUAGAUGCCUCACUGCUGCCCCCCAAUGGUGACGACCCCUACCGCAACACACCCUCCCCCGGCAUGCAGGCGCUGCCCCAGGACCGUUACGACGGCGGCCUGGAUGGGGAGGCGGGGGGUCAGUACCCAGAGGACCCCCGCUAUCCAGUCCCCGACGGUGGCCUGGUGUACCCCCCUGAUGGUGGGGUGUACGGCCGGCUGCUGGGCGCCCCCCAGUCCCCUUACUCAGUCAACGGUGGGGUGAGGGCUAGCACUGAACCACUGCUGCCCUCAGACAUGUAUGAGGAGGACCAGGCACCACCUCCACACCCCCAGCACCCCCCUGCACCCCCACCACAUCUCUCCCCUCCCACACCCUCCCUCCCGCCAGUACAAAACCAUGACAACUACGCCCACCCCAGUCGCCUGCGUCCACCCUCCGCUGACAGCACUGCACCCAGAGUGCGAUGGCGGGACCCAGACCUGCACGAGGUGAUCGACUUCCUGAGCAACCCCAACAAUGUGGUGAAGGCCAACGCGGCAGCCUACCUCCAGCACCUCUGCUACAUGGACGACCCCACCAAGCAAAAGACUCGCAUCUUGGGCGGCAUCCCUCCCCUCGUGGCGCUGCUUACCCACGACCUCCCUGAGCUUCACCGCAAUGCCUGUGGCGCUCUUAGAAACUUGUCAUAUGGGCGGCAGAACGACGAGAACAAGAGAGCAAUCAAGGAUGCGCAGGGCAUCCCGGCGCUGGUGAGGCUGCUGCGCAAGACUCCUGACAACGAGAUCAAGGAGCUGGUCACCGGCAUCCUGUGGAACCUUUCUUCAUGUGAGCAGGACCUGAAGCACAGCAUUUUGGACGAUGCGCUGACGGUGAUAGUGAGCCACGUCAUCAUUCCGUGCUCAGGCUGGGAUGGUGGUGAGGUAGAGCGCGACCCUAAUGUGGAUGUAUGGUGGUCAACCGUCUUCAAGAAUGCUUCAGGUGUCCUCAGGAAUAUCAGCUCGGCAGGGGAGUACGCUCGGACCAAACUGCGGCAAUGUCAUGGCCUGGUUGACUCUCUACUGACGGUGAUCAAGAGUGCCAUCCAGGGAUCCUCACAUGACAACAAGAGUGUCGAGAACUGUGUCUGCAUCCUGCGCAACCUCUCCUACCGCUGCCAAGAGGUGGAGGACCCCAACUACGACAAGAACCAGCCCCCCACCCAGUCAAGAGCCACCGCCACAGCUAAGGACGGUGAAGGAGAGCUGACUGACACUUGUGGUAGGUCUUCGGAGCCCAAGGACAACCUGUGUGACAACUUGGGGUGCUUCGGGGGGAGCCGGAAGAAGAAGGAGGCGAUGGGUGGUGCGGUGAAGGAGAGCAGCGGUGGCACGCGGUCAACGGGGCCACGCACCGAACCACUGCGGGGGAUGGAGCUCCUGUGGCAGCCCGAGAUUGUGGUGGGCCCCUACCUGGCGUUACUCUCAGACUGCAGUAACCCGGAGACCCUGGAGGCGGCAGCGGGCGCCCUGCAGAACCUGGCGGCAUGCUACUGGCAGCCCAGCAUAGAUGUGCGCGCUGCUGUCAGGAAGGAGAAGGGCCUGCCCAUCCUGGUGGAGCUGCUGAGGAUGGAGGUGGACCGUGUGGUGUGUGCAGUGGCCACAGCUCUCCGCAACCUGGCCAUCGACCAGCGCAACAAAGAGCUUAUUGGUAAAUAUGCCAUGAGAGACUUGGUCCAGAAGCUUCCCUCGGGCAACACGCACGACAGUGGCACGAGUGAUGAGACCAUCGCCGCUGUGCUGGCCACACUCAACGAGGUGAUCAAGAAGAGCGCUGAAUUCUCCCGCUCGCUGCUGGAUGUGGGCGGCGUGGAGCGGCUGGUGAACAUGACACGCCACCGCGGCCGCUACUCCGUCAGGGUGGUCAAGUUCGCCUCACAGGUGCUGUUCUCGAUGUGGGGUCACCAGGAGCUGAGGGAGGUGUACAAGAAGGCUGGCUGGAAGGAGCAAGACUUUGUGAGCAAGAGUGUGGCUGCACGCAAUGCUGCAUCUGGUGGUGCCAACUCCCCCACUGCCAACAACACUCUCAACCGCCCCAUGGCCUCACAGGGUGGCACGCGAUACGAGGACCGCACCAUCCAGAGGGGGCAAGGCAAGACUCACCAGAUGUACAGCCAGGGUCAGCAGGUGCCCAUGGCGGACAUGGGGUAUGGCAGUGGGGGCGGGAUUGGGGCACCAGCGGGAGGGGUAAGACUUUACCCAUCUGUCCAGGGCAAAGCUGGAGAACCCGUGUACGCCAAGGUGAACCGUGACAAGAAGCGCAACCGUCAGUACGAGGGUGUGGGGCCCCAGUACGGCACCCUGGGGGGCGGGGCGGAGGACUGGAGUGGCCCCAUGUAUGGUGGAUCCCCUGCAGCCUCCCCCAGCUUCUCCCAUGGGGCUCCUAACAACAACAACAACAAUAACAACAACAACAACAACCACAGCAAUAACAACGGGGUGCUGAUGGACAAGGGCGACGCCCAGGCCGGGGACUCAUGGGUGUGAGGAGGCACCGGCCAUGCUGGUGCAACGCCCCACCCUGCCGUCACCCCCACACCCCCUCACCCACAUGGCGGCCCCAGGCAGAGCCCCCAGACCCUUGCAGUGCAGCAGGUGUUGUGGUCUGUGGUGUGACAAGAAAAGAGUUUGCCAAAAAUGUCUGGCCUUCCUGAUGAGAAUGAAAGGUGAAAGGUGUUGGUGCUGUAAGCACUGGGCCAAAGGAAAUCGUAUUCACCCUACUGAGGAAGCAAGAGAGAGAGAGAUAGGAAGGAGGAUGGAGGAGAAAAGUCAGCCAUGUCUGAUUGGACUGAUUAUUAUUGUCUCUCUACUUGGCCCAUGCAAGGUGUGAAGGGUAAGAGUACAUAAUAAUAAUAAAAAUAAUAAUAAUAUUAAUAAUAAUAAUGAUAAUAAUUAUAUUGAUUCCUCUUUUUAUAGUGUUACACAAGUGGGCUUCUCCUCAGUCUAACUAACUGCUGAUGUUUUUUGUCUGUUAUCAUUGAUGUUAUCACUGAUUGUGCAUGUUAUGUGACAACACUAGUUAGCGACCAAACUCGUUCUGUUAUAAAACUUCUCACAUAAUAUAUAGUAACACUCCUGGGAGAUGGCAAAGCUCAAAAUGAUAAGCAUCUCUUAUUAUAUGAUAUAUUUUAUAAAAGCACACAUUAUUGGUGCCAAGAAAACUUUAAUACUUUGAUACCUUGUAAAGACAUUAUCUGUCAAUCAUUACUCAUAGUGUUUAUAUACGUACGUAUGCCGGGCGGCGAGGGCAGCGCUGUGGCCAGACGGAGGCGGCGCCGGCCCUCCUAGGACAGUUAACUUUUCUACUGUUUCUUACUGACAAUCCAAAGUGCAUGACACUGUGAGGCCCAGAGCUGCUGCACCGCCGGACAGUGGGCAGUGAUGGCAAGCUGGACAGUGACCAAGAACAGUGGUUGAGGCGAUGGUGACAGUAUUCUGCAAAAAACUACAAAAAGCAAAAAAAAUAAAUAAAUAACAAAAAAUGUAUAAUAUAAAAAACUGACCCCGAGCUGGUAUUGCAACUGUGAGCACAAACGUGUAGCCGAGUGUGACAGUGCCGGCGAGGGAGUGACAGUGCCGAGGGUGAGGCAGCAAAGGUGCUGGGACAUGCCUGCGCCGGUUCACCGCUGAUACUGAGGAAUCAAUAGGUUGUUUUGUCAAGCGCCAGAGGUCAAACCAUUUGCCGUUUCACCAGACCUCCCACGUGCCGGAAUGCAUUAUCAGUACAUCUCUACCUCCCUGUUGUCUCUUCCAGCCCCCAACCCCCCCCUCCCCACUCUUCUCCCUCAUAGCAACAUCAACAACAACAACCAACAGCAACAAGAAUAUUGCAGCUAAGAUACCUAGUUCCUUUUUUUAAACUUUUCGAGAAGGAAAGUUACAUAUUUGCUUUGUAUGAUACACACUCAAAUAGGUUUUAUAUAAUUCCAGACGUUUUAUAAAAGUGCACGGCGGGGUAUCAAAUUUUUGAGUAGCUGGUGUGGUGUCAUGUGCUUGUGUCCCAUAACUUAUAAGAUGGAUGGUCAAAAAAUGCAGAGAGCUGUUUUUAUAGACAAUAUACUUAACCUUGUCUCAAUUGUGAUCAAUUAUGAACAUUUUACUCAAGUAAUUCACUUAAUUCAUGUCUCAAAACUGCUUUAAGUGGUCUGCCUUUUAAAUCCUAUGUUAUUUUUUGUAAAGAGAAUUAUUUUUUAGCCUUUUAUCAGACUUGCAUGUGCAAUAUCGCAUAUUUUUCCAGCGUCGGUUAUUUGGUAGGUCAAGUGACAGUGUGUGACCCCGGAAAUUAUUGUUGUCCCUUGCUAGGCACCGGCCGCCCACCCACCCGGCUGCCCUCCCCCCCAGCUGGUCUCUGCCUCCCAGCCAGCAGCCACCAAGCCACACCACCAAGUUACUAAUAGACUGCCUCUCACACUGCAUGGGUGGACUCCUUAAAUUUUGCCCUUUUGGAACUGUAUAAACCUAAAUUUUUUUGGAUAUCUCAACUGGUGGCUGAAGUUUCCCAAACUUUGUGGUGGCGUGGCGGCGGCACUGGGCAGCGGCACGCGGAGGCUGGCCUGCAGCGGGAUGAGAGCUUCAGGGUGACUCACAUUCCAAGUUUAGCGUAGGUGAUGCACACACAGGGUAGCUGCCUCACUCAGCCUCACCUCAAGGUUAUAUUAAAGAAUGUUACAGGUGGCUGGCAGGAGGAUGUGUUGUAUUACAAGGGGAAGCGCUCCCAGGGCGCUCCUUCCAACUCUAGGCAGCUAUUGAGGUUUCCUGUGAGCCCUGAAUGAUCUGUGACCCUUGAUGGGGCAAUGAGUGUGGCCACUGUAGGGAUCCCUUACGUCAGGCGGGAUAAAAAAGAGGUCCAAAUUCCUAGGCCGUCCCCAUUCCAAGGUGAGUUGGUCACAAGAAAUCCCCAAGUUUUUGCUUCCCAUUCCUGCAAGAAUAAUUGGACUGAACAUCACAUAAUUCCAAAGUGGGCAAGUGUAAGUGUUGUGGAUCAGUCUGGUUCCUGAUUGGGUCUCGGUUCCGUCACACAAGUGCUGGAGUCCUCACUACCAUUGGUCCACCACCUCCUCAGGGUUGACGGGUGACACCCUCUCUCCCUCUCUCCAUCCCACCUUCCCUCCCUUUCUCCCACAUGUGGCAGAUGCCUCUCCAAGGGGAAGUAAACAUGAGGAGCUUUAGGAAAUUAUUACAUGGCAGCCCUGACACAAGUACCACGACAUGCCGUGAACUGCGACUCAGCGUGAGACUUACUCCCGCCCCCUGGGAGAAAGGUCCACUGUCAAGGUCAGGUCACAGCCUUGCAGAGAAAUUCUCCAUUGGUCCCCAGGGAACCAGAGAAGCAAGGCCCAGCAUGGAUCAGACGUGUCACUCUCCAGGCCGAGUCAGUGGUGCGUUGUGGGUGUGUGCGUCCGUUAGUGCGUUAGAGUAGUUCUGGCCGGCCGCCGGGGCACCAGCUGCCCGACCAUCUCUAGGACCUUUUCAAUGUCUCGCUAAAGAAAAUAUGCUUCUUUUAUUUAAUUUUGCAUUCUUCCUCCUUUUCUAAGCGCGUAACGUUUUAUGCAUUUGUUCUCUGAUGUGUUACAUUCUUGGCAGUGUCUUGUUUUCAUUUUGUAUUUUUCUAAACAUAUAUUAUUUUUCCAAUAUAAAGAUAUGAUUAUCUUGGUGAGUUUGUUCGUUUAGCGGAGGCGGUGUUUGUCUCUGGGAAGAGUUGAGUUCGCUGGUUUGAGAGCAGCUCCCGCGGCGGGCGAGUCCCCACCACAGCCGCACCGCACCGCCCGCCACUCUUACUUCUUUAUUAUAUGCCUUAUUUUAUUUUCACAUGAUUGAAUAUUCGGUAACAAAGAAUUUUAGUAAAUGAUAAUGUAUUGGGUAUUUAUACAAUAAACUGAUAAAGUUG